ACCAUGGACCAAGGCAACAUGACUCUCCCACCAACCACUGGGGCAAAUUCCAGCCAGACCCCAGCAGCUGUGAGCGCCACUCACCUGGCUGCGGCCGUGUUGCUCUUCACCACCUUCCUGGUGGGUGUGGUGGGGAACGGGCUGUACCUGUGGGUGCUGGGGCUGAAGAUGAGGAUGAUGGUGACCAUGCUCUGGUUCCUCCACCUUGUCUCCUGCUACCUCCUCUUCACCCUGCUGAUCCCCUUCUUCAUCGUCUCCCUCCUCAUGGGUUUACACUGGGUCUUCAGCACGGUCGUGUGCAAGAUCCUCAACACCUGCAUCUCCAUGGACAUGUUCUCCUCAGUCUUCCUUCUCACCCUCAUCAGCCUCGACCACUACACCGUCACUCACCAUCCCAUCUGGUGCUGGCAUCACCGCACCAUGUCCUGGGCUGGGAAGCUGGUUGUGGGUGUGUGGCUGGCAUCCUUUGGUCUCAGCGCUCCCUACCUGGCUUUCCGGGAGACCCAGGUGGUGCAUGGGGGCAGAACCACCUGCAUCAAUAAUUACACCCUCUCCAGAGACUGGAACGGAGCUGAGAUGCAGGAGCUGGGGAGAUGGAUCCACCUGGCUGUUUUUACAGUCCGGGUCCUGCUGCGCUUCCUACUGCCCUUCCGCACCAUUGUGGGAUGCUAUGUCCGUGUAGGGCUGAAGAUGAAGGAGAAGAAGCUGGCAUGGUCUGGGAAGCCCUUCAAAGUCAUGGUGACCACGGUGGUUUCCUUCUUUCUUGGCUGGCUGCCCUACCACCUCCACCAUGGCUUGAAGCUCUACAAGAAGGAGGUGCCAGCGUUGGUGACGGGUGCCGUCUUGGUCAUUUACACCUUUACAUCAUGUUUCAAUGCCUGCUUCACCCCCAUCCUCUAUCUCUUCGUGGGGGAGAAGUUCUGGCAGGUCUUCAGGAAGUCUCUUCUCACUCUCGUCAAAGCAGCUUUUGUCAACGAUCUCGCCAGCAGUGCUGCCGAGUCUAGUGAAAGACAUGGGUCAGAAGUCGAGAACACAAAACAGGUUAUGGCCUGA